AUGAGCCGGAAGAUCCCUACCGAUGGUUUAUCCUAUUGGGCGGUUUCCUCGCUCAAGCAAUUAGCAUGUCCACCUUGUCCAGUUGGUGUCAUGCAGGAUUACUAUGAUCGUCAAGUUUUCAAGGGCGCUGUCGAUUCCACCCAACUGAGCUUCGUAGGAACAAUCGGGUUUACGUUUUGCGGACUAAUGGGUCCCAUUGGUCAGAUAAUUACAUCGUACGUUGGACCACGAUGGGUCAUGCUGGUGGGCACCAUUUUAAUGACAGCAGGAUUGAUCCUUGCAAGUUUUUCCAAAGCUGUUUGGCAUCUUUACAUCACUCAAAGCGUCAUCCAUGGUAUGGGAGCAGCAUUAAUGUAUAUUGUUUCCAUGUCAAUUUCGCCUCAAUGGUUUCGUAAACGACGUGGAUUCGCAAUGGGCGUGAUGGUCAGUGGCUCAGGUGUCGGUGGCCUGAUUCUUCCUUUCAUUAUGAAUGCCCUCAAUGAAUCUCUUGGUGGUGCAUGGUGCUACCGCAUUCUGGGGAUUAUUACUUUUGUCAUCAGUUCGCUGGCAACUGUUCUUCUUCGGGAGAAACCAAAAACACAAAUAUGUCCCAAGUCCACCGUACAAAUGCGAAAUAUUGUCGACUUUAGCGUUUGCAAGGAUUUCAAGUUCAUCAUUUGGUGUAUUGCUGGCAAUCUCAGUAUGAUGGCUUAUUUUAUCCCGGCGUUCUAUCUUCCAUCUCAUGCAACAAAAUUGGGUUUAUCACCAUCUCAGGGAUCCGUGCUCGUUGCCAUGUUUUCAGCUGUCAAUGUGAUUGGUCGCGUUCUAUCCGGGUAUCUGGGUGAUCAUCUUGGUGCCGUCAAUGUCGAUAUCAUAUUUCUCGCUUUGUGUGGCAUGAGCUCGUUAUUUAUUUGGACCUUUGCUGCAUCCUAUGAAGCGCUCAUGAUGUUCAUCCUCACUUACGGAUUGCUGAGCGGCGCCGUAUUUUCUUUACUGGCUCCCAUUACGGCAACAAUAACGGGUUUAGAGCGGUAUCCAUCAGGCAUAUCACUGUAUCUUUUCUUUUUAACAGCGGCACGAUUGGGACCGUCACUAGCGGGAGCCAUCCAAACGGCUACCAAUAAACAUUCCUACUUUGCGCAGCAGAUAUUUACCGGCUUAGCGUUCGUCUUGUCAGCUAUUGUCACAGUAUACCUCAAAUUCAAUCUCAAACGGCGCCCGUUAGCUAAAGUUUAA